AUGGGACGGCAAAAGGAGACAGCAUCCGCUCGCAAACCCAGCCCCAUGAAGGCUCCCGACUGCUUCCAUCACACGCACCUGCAGAUUGCCAUCAAACGAAAGCUGGCGACGAAGCACUCGGCACAAUCUACAGCAGUGCUCAUCCCAAUGAUUCAUAGCAAUGUUGCACAUCAGCUGUUCAAUGGUAGCUAG